AUGUCAUCACUUGUCAGUAGCCCCAUCGAUGACAAGACCUAUUCUUCUGAGAGCGAGGAUUCCAAUGCGGACUUAUACGCGUCGGAUCUUCCCCUGUCGUUCGCCCGUCGACUCAUUACACUCGAUUUCAGAGCCGGAUUGGGCAGCACAAUGGCGCCCUCAGACAUCAUGGUUGAAGAAGCCCCUAACGUGGAUUCUACAAAUACGGAAAGCCGAGCAGAUCGUACCUCACCGAAGCCUCCAUAUAUCCCUUCCGUUGCGAGAAGAGCUUCCUGGAGUGCAAUCGAUGCCGCUAGUGCAGCAUGGUGGGCCAACAUACAAGAAGGUAUAGCCGCACAGGAGUUGCGUGCUUCGAAGCGCAUGUACCGUAGGGCUGCGAAAGUCCUGAGAAGAUCAGCAUCCGACAUGGAAGGAGAACGACUACCGUCGCGAUACAACGCUCAAGACUGGUGGUCGACAACUUCUCGAACGUCGUCGACGUGGACGUGGAGAUCCUCCGCAAUUCCCGCAAAAAGCUCCCCGCUAGCCCUGAAGAUUCAACUUUCACCAGAGCCGAUUUCCUCACCACCACAGACUAAGGACACAAUGCUCAAGGAUCCUAGUCGGCUACGUGUCGAAUUUGAAGACUGCCUACCAACACGGCCUCCAGGUACGUGA